AUGUUGACUCUAACAAAUUAUAGUCGUGGAAAGUUGACAUUUGACUUGAAAAGAGCCGCUUUCCGUAAAAAUCACAUCAACAUCGAAAGAGAACUUAAUGAUGAGAAGUUAUUAUCAUUAGAAAGAAUCAUAAAACAUUGUACACGUUAUGAUUCAAAGGCCAAACAUGUAUAUUUUGGUUCGCCCUUUUCCAAGAAAGUUAUUUGGGCGCUUGCCAUUAAAAAAGUACCUUGGAAAUCGGUAACUGUUUCUCCAAUCGUCCCAAGACCUUUAUUAAAGCAAUUGGCUCAUGGAUAUCGACGCAUUCCAGUACUUCAAAUUGGAUCCGAUAUUUUCGUGGAUACUUCUAUGAUUUUGGAGGAAUUGGAAAGAAGAAAAGGAUCAGAUAAAAGUGAUAUUGGUAUCGCCAAGUCUAUGAUUUUCUGGACUGAUCGUUACUUAUUCAAUGCAACUUUACGAUCAUCUUUCGCUUCUAUUGAUCCAAAAACACCUAAAAUUUUCUUAAGCAAAGAAUUUAUAGAUGAUCGUUCGUCUCUUAUAGGUUACAGAAUCGAUCCCGAAAAACUUUUAUCUACUCGUUCACAAACUCUUGAUGAACUUCGAUCUUGCUUAGAAUUAACUGAAUCACAAUUAAAUGAUGAUCGAGAAUGGUUUUUAGAUACCGUAACACCCGGAAUGGCUGAUAUUAAUAUUGGAGUACAACUCUUUUUCUUAAAUGUUACUAAAAGUGCUCAAGAAUUUACUAGUCUGGAAAAAUAUCCUAAAACUUAUAAAUGGUUUCAAAGAUUUAGAAAUUAUGUUGAUAAAAUUCAACUUUUUCCUAUUAAUAUUACGGGAGAAGAAGCAUUAAAUAUUGCCAAACAAUAUAAACCGGUAACCGCAAGAAUUGCACAAUUGGAAGAUAAAAAGGAUCUCUUUAGAAAGGUUGGAGAUCGAGUUAAAGUUGAACCUGAAGAUUAUGGAAAAAUUCCUACCAUCGGAAUUAUUGUUAGUUUGGGUAAUUCACAUGUUGCCAUCGUUCCUGAUGAUGUAGUUAAAACUGGAAUUGAAGUGGCAAUUUGGUUUCCAAGAAUGGAAACUCUUAAAGAAAUCUUGAAUUUUCCCUCCGAUCCUAUUGAUAUUCUAACAAAUAAAAUUGAAGAAGAAUCAUCUUCAUCUGUUUGUUUUCUAGUUUUAACUUUUGAUGGUUCUAUUUGGUGUAUACAAUCUCCUAUACAGAGAAAGAAGAGAAUAAAUGAUGAAGAAAAAGAUCAAAAAGGAGAUAAUGAUGAUUGUGAUGAUAAAACAUUACAAAAUUCUACAUUUAAUUCAUCCAAUUUAUUAUUAUUAUCUAAUAAUCUACCCCCUUUUGAAACUUCCAUCUUUUCUUCACCUUCAAUAAUCAAUGUUACAAAUGAUGAAAAGAUUUUUCAAAAGGCAAAUAACAACAAAAAUUAUAAUUCACUUUCAAAAUUAUCAAUAUCUAAUACAAUAAUAUCCAAAGAAUUGGCAUCAAUAACUUUUGGAUAUUCAAAUGGUUUAAUUUAUUAUCAUCCAUUGAUUAUGAAUAAUAAUAAUGAACCAAUUCAAGCAAUUUAUGCAUUAUCACUCAAAAGAGAAGUUGAUGAAUCAAAAGUAAUAAGAAAUGUCAUUAUUAAUAAUAAUGAGAAACCUUGUAAUGCAUUUCUUAUAGUAGGGACCAAGUUUACAGUUGCCAUAAUGACAAAUGGUGGUGGAAAUAAUUCAAGUGGUGAUGAUGGUGAUGGAAAGUUAGAUGAUGAUGAAAAAUCAGAUGAAAAUUCAAUAGCAUAUAAAGAAUAUUAUGUUUCUGAGCCAAUUCAUUCAUCACUUUUGAUAAAGAAUCGAUUAAUAUUAGCAGUAGAAACAGGAAAAAUCCUAAUUAUGAAUUUUGAUAAUAUUAUGUUCUCCCAAGGCAAACUUGUAACAUUAUACACAAUUCCAGUAUAUUUUCCCAGAGGAAUUAUUAGAUUAUGUCAUUAUAAUGUUGAAGAUAAUAAAUCUUGUGAGGGGAUAUUAUAUGCAUUAUCUCUUGAGGGAAAAUUGAUCAGAGCAAAAGAAAUGCAGAGUGAAGUUAAAAAUAAAUUAAAUAGAAUUGCAGAAUUUUCAACCAAACAAGAAGAAUUAGAAAAAAUUAAUGAGGAUGAUAUAAACCAAUCCCCUUUGAAAGUUGAAUGUACACCUUUCAUUCUACCAAUUUCUUUGACAGGAAGUGUUGUAGUAAAUCGUGCUCAUAUAAAAAUACGUUUGUCAAGUUUAUUAGGAAUAAAUUGGUCUCAAUAUUGGUCACUUAUUGUUCGUAUGAUGAAUUUAAAUUCACCUGGCCUUCUUCAAAAACACACUUCCAUUAGAAAUUUAAAUGAUUCAUUUCCUGUUAUGUCUUAUUCAAUACCGUUGAUUGAUAUGAAGGCUGAUAUGAAUAUUAUUUGGGAAAGAGAUUUAGAGAUAAAUUUAAGAUUUCUUCAUUUUCCAAUAUCAAUAAAUCUUGGUUUAUGUUUUUCACCACCCGCACCAACAUACAAAUCAACAACCAAUAAUAAUUAUUAUGAACAUGGAAAUUUCUUUGCUACAAAAACUGAUCUUAGGAAAGCAAUAGAAACAAUAAUUUGUGCUCAUGGAAGUGAUGAAAAACCAAUUUCUGAUUUAAUAUCAUCUCUUAAUUCUGAUUAUGCUGUAUUUAUGACACCAUUGAGUUUAGAACCUAUUAUUUUUAAUUUUAAGAGAUUGAAUGAAAAUGAUGUAAACAAAUCAAUUCCCUCAAAUACCAUACCUGUUGAACUUAGAAUUAAAUGUAAUUCAGAAGAGACUUUACUACUUGUAGAAGAAGCUGUAUUAAGAAGACUUGAAGAUUUUUCAGUAAAAGAUGAGAAUAUGAUGGAUAUUGAUGAACCAGUGAAUUGGGAAGAUUUAAGAAAUAUUUCUGAACAAUUGGAAAGUGAAGUAAAAGAACUUAUUCAAAUGGUUAGAAAUGAUAUGAAUAAUAUGUGGAUAGAUGGAAUUAUUGAAUUGUAG